AUGGCGGGAACGGGAUUUGGCGCAGCGGCACCGAAGUCGUUGGUUAGGUCGUGGAGAACUGCGUUUUUGACAUUGAGGGAUGAAACCCUAACGAUUCCUCCUCUCAAUUCCAAUGCGCAAUUGCUCGACAAACUCAUUCUCUCCCACUCAAACUCUUUGGUGUCCGCCGCGGUUGAACUUCCCUCCCACGAGGUUUUGUCGGACCUUUUGUUUAUGAUGGAAUUGGUUGCUGCAACUUCUUCAGAUAAAGAAGAUUGUAGUCGUAUCUAUGCACAAACAUCACGCCUGAUUCAUGAUAUAUGUCGAUGUGUCUCGUUUGAUAUAAAUUUAUCCUCUUUUAGUAGUGUCCUCAAUUGUUUCGGGAAGAUGCUGAAUCUUUUUCUUGGAAAAGUUGCUACUAGUGGCGAUAUAAGUGGAAUUUGCAGUACUACUACAAUAAUUCCUGCCAUUGAGUGCUUACAGGCAGUCAGACUUUAUACUUUUAGUAUGGGUUUCAAAUCCCCUACUGGAACCACCUUGUGGCUAGGGUACCAUCCUCGAAUGGGGAUUAGAUCUACACCUGGAGGAGUCUUGUGCAAAUCUGAAGAUAUUAUACUGGUUAAAUUUUUACUUGAUGUUAUCGUUUGCUCCCAUAGUGUUGGGAAGCCUCGUUCAAAUUGUAAAGAGAAAUCUACGGGGAUUAAUAUGAGAUUUUCCACUGAAAGAAGUACCAAUGAAUUACAGAAAGUGGCUUUUGAGAUGCUCAGCGAAGCAAUAUCAAGAGCUGGGUCAUCCUUUGCUGUUGACAUUUGGAGAUCAAUUCUUGAGGUGUUCAGGAAAACAAUGGAUGUCUUGGCAUUAAAAACCCCUGUUGCGGAAGAUAGUGUUAUGUCCAGGUUUUAUGAAUCUUUUCUGUGCUGUGUACAUUUGAUCCUCAUUGAUCCUAAAUGUUCAGUUUCAGAUCAUGCAUCGGUUUUUGUUUCUGUUCUGCGAAUGUUCUUGGUUUAUGGCCUUUCUGGUAGAACACCAGGUACUGGUUUGCUUGUUGAUCACAAGGAGAAGGAGCUUCAUUGUAUGAGUCUCAAGACAAGCAGGGAACAGCUAAAAAAAUCAGAUCAUGGUACAUAUAGGCCUCCACACUUGCGCAAAAGGGACUGCUUGAAUGUGAAGCACCAUAGUGUUAAGCAGUAUAUGUCAGAUAGUGAGUCUUCUACAAUUAAUGUUACAUCUUCAGAUUCAGAGUUUAGUGAUGGAGAUGGAUCAGCUAAUGACAUUGACAGAGUGCAGAACUCUAGGGUUAGAGUGGCUGCCAUAAUUUGCAUACAGGAUCUUUGUCAAGCUGAUUCUAAAUCUUUAUCCAUGCAAUGGUCCUUGCUUUUGCCAACUAGUGAUGUACUACAAGCAAGAAAAAAGAAGCAGCAGUUCGGUGCUUUUGAGGGACCUAAUCCCUCCCACAGGUUCAAAUUGAUUUUCCACUCCCAACAAAUACCCCUCCUACCUGCCUAUUUUCUAUCUCAGCACAUUCACCCAUCGUCAACAUUCUGCCAGCUUGGCAGCUAG